AUGCCAACACCAAUACCGCUAACAAGAGCCAAGAAUCCACCGCCACUGCCUCAUGAGCUACACAACAACAUCAGCGGCAGCAACAGCCAGUACGGCAGUCAGACUGCGCUCAACAAUCAUCAGCAUCCUCAUCAGUAUCAUCCCAACACUCCCACCACAAACACAACACAAACGACACAGACAACAAAGACCACACAAACUACACAAACCACACAACCACCAACUGCAGCAACAGCUGCAUCAAAAACUCACCAAAAACUAAACAUCAACACACCAACGAAAAUUUCGCGUGAGGCCACACCAACACGAGAACAGCGUGAGAAGCAGCAGCAGCAGCAGCGUGAGUAUCAGCAGCAGCAGCAGCAGCGUGAGCAUCAGCAGCAGCAGCGUGAGCCUGCAACGCCCACACGCGAACAGAAACAAAACCAACAACGGCGACAGCUUCGCGACCAGCGAGAAAAACGCGAGCUGCGCGAACGUGAAUACCAAGGACACGAACACGAACACCACCACCACGAACACCAACACCAACGUGAACACCACCCUCGUGACCACCACGAGUUACAGCAGCAGCAACACCACCACCCCCAUCAUUCCCAUCAGCAAUCAUCACAGCAGCAGCAGCAACAGCAACAGCAGCAGCGCUACAGCAGCAGCAACAGCUACAAAUCUCAUAAUAAUUCCGUUUACCAGUAAAGAAAAUCGAAAGUGAAAAUGCAAUUGGAGCAAAAAGUUUUUUGGAACAUUCUUUCAAACUAAAACAGCAAUUCAACCAGUCAACAGUUUAAUUGUGCUAACUUUUCCAACCCAAACAGAACUCUCCCCUGCCCGCCCCUCAUGCACGCCUCUUAUUACACUGAACAAAACGCGCUAGACAAGUACCAUACAUAUAUCCCCUGGAAAAUGCUGUAAACGUAUGUGUGGAAUAUAUGGAAUACGUUUUCAAUUGAAUGUUGUUCCAAUGAGCCUCUCACCCAGCCUCAGUCCCACCUUUCCUUCCCCAGCUUAUCCCAUAGAGAAUGUCCAUGUCGUGUUGUUUUUGUUGUAGCUAAAGAGAUGCUCUAAAAAAAAAAACAAUCCAGAAUAUAGACCAAAUUUUUAGGUUGAAAACUUUUGAGUAAAUUAAACCUUUGAAUAUUACAUAUAAUUUUUAUAAUUUCUUCCUCUUUGAAAAAUAUCAAAAGUAAAAUUUCAACACUGCCAAAAAAACUAAAGAAAAAAGAAAACAAAAAACCAAUAAAAAAAUACCGAUAAAAUGCCAGAGCAUCUCCCUCGCUUUCUCCACUCACUGCUAACAUCCUACGAAAAACCCGAUGGUACCACGUCCCCAUAAACAUGAUAUGGGCUGCCGCCACCCUUGCGGUAGCAACUAAAAAAAAAAACCAACCGAUCCCCAAACUAGAUUAACCAGUCAAGAACCUAACCAGAACCUAGAAAUCCUAAGACGAAACUCUCUCGAACCACGUACCAUGCGCUAGUCGAAAUGUGUAAAUCUGUGUAAACAUAUUAUUGUAUGAUUAUUAUUACUAUUGAUUAACAAUCGAGCAAAGUAGUUUAAAUGGUUAGACAUUACGGGCAUUAUGUUUAAACUUUAAACUGAUAAGCUGGCAGAAACAAGUUUAUUUCCUCGAGAUUAUUGUAGGAGAAGUUAUUCGAAGAGAUGCCUACAAACAGAACAGCCCCCAAAGAGAAUGCAACAGCAAAAUAUGGCAUACAUUAAGAAAACCAAGAGCUUACAAAUGUUAAAAAUAAAACCAAAAAAUAAUAACAAGUAAAGUAUCUAAAAAAUCCAAUAUGCAGUAAGCAAAACGAAGACGAUACAGAGAAAAAAUUAGGAAAAGAAAUCGAAGAGCCGAAGACACUGUAAAUGUAAAAAGAAUAAGCCACAAGCUUUUGUUACACUCUCACGGACACACGCAGACACUCAAUAAACACACACAUACUCGUAUGCACUAGUACUCACACACACACAUACGCAUACGCAUGCAUAUUGCCAAAUUUUUUAUACAAUUCAAGCAGCAAUAUAUAAUUCACAGCCACAAAACACUCAAGAACAAACAAAAAAGAGCCCACCUAAGCAGAAGAUAAUUUGUAAAAAUUAAAAAUAAUCUUAAAGCUAAAUCGCAAAUCAUGUAAAAAUUAAAAAAAUAUAUAUUCAAGAUACCCACAAGCAGAGGCCACGCCCAUAACCACACACAAAAACAAAACACACACACUCACAGAAACUAGCACACUGACACCCACUCGAAAAACUUAGCCUGAGAAGCGCAUACAAAAAAUUAAAAAGCUUAUCCAAAAUAUCAAACAAUAUUCCUGCAGUGCUGUAAAGUUGAUCGCAAGGAAUGGAUGAAAUUAAAGGAAUUUGGCAAACUUAUCAAGCAUCCCCAUUCUGCGCCCCUCUUUGACCGAUCAAUUUGAAAGCACUGCAGAGAUAUAUCCCUGUUAUUAGUACAACUUAAACUGCACACUGCACAAUUUUUGAAUGUUUGUUAAAUGUUAAAUCAACACCAGAAAAAACAGCUGCAAAAUUGUAUUCCCCCCUCACAAACUUAGUAAGAUUAUGUAUAUCCCUACCCAGAACCCGAUCCCAAAACCCAAUCACAACACCAACCCCUACCCAGAGCCCCAAAAAAUGGUAAACGAAUUAUGAAACUACAAAGGGAAGGAGCUACGCUAUUCUAUCACUAGGAAAGCUACCAAAAACAUUUACGCUGUAGAAAAAAACUAAAACGAACGCUUAGAAUUUGAGGUUGAUUGGCAUUAAGUAAAAGUUAAACGAUGUUGAAGCAUGAAGAGCCGGGCCGACAGGGCGCGAUCACGAGCAAAUAAAAAAAAUAAAUAAAAGAAAAAGAGUAAAAACCAAAUGUUAAAGAAGAACAAAACCAGGGCACGACCUAACAACUGAUUGUGCAACCAAAAACUUCAUAUAUAUUCUGUAAAAUAUUAGCAAAAACAAAACCAAAAUCUUUUUAAUAAAACAAACUAUUUUUCGCUCUCUCUAUGGAUCAACCGAUCUACCGGUGUACCGAUCUACCUAUAUCUGUCACUUCACUCACUCACUCAAUCAAUCGUUCAAUCACUUGGUCAGUCAUCGUUUUGGCAAUUUUGUUGAUUUCGUUCGUUGUGUGUGAUGGUGUUUGGAUUCCAGUGAAACUUUUGCAUGUCAUACUCCUAUGUAGAGCAAUUUGUUCCACCCAAGUUCCGCAACAACAGCUUAACUUUGUGUCUAGAGAUAUACUCGUACAAUAUACUUAUAGUUAAAGUAUGGCUUGUUUUCUCCAUUACGAAUCUAACAGAAAUCAAAUCCAUUUCUCUGCUAAGCUCUCCCUCUCUCUUAUUAACUCUCUAUGUAUGUAUGUGUCUGUAUCUGUCUGGAAGGCAAAAGCCAGAAAACAGAAUAUUUAUUAAACAAAUUGAAACAAAUUGAAUCGUUAACGAGAUAUUGUACUUGUACUUUUGUUGACUAUUAUGUAAUUAAACGCUUUACUGUAUAUUAGUUAUGUACAUUUUUAGCUACAUGAUGAAAAAUUCGAAAACAAAAAACAAGCUUAUGCUGUUACUUAUUGUUAGUGAUUCUACCACAUAAAACACAAAAAAACUAAUUAAUUAAAAAUACAAUUGAAUUUUCUAAAAUUUAUAAGAAAACUUAUAAAAAACAACUCAGUUUGCGAUGUCACAGCGGGGGAAGUAUCAACGGAUUUCCCCGAUGACGGAACGCCUCUGUAUAUUGCGAUAGAUUCUGAAGACAAGGCUUACCUAACUUUGAAACUAUCAGAUAAAUAUAUGUAUCUAAUAAACAUAAUAUAUACAUGAAAUACAUGCUAAACAAAACAUAUAUCGUAUUUAUAGAAAAUGCUUAACUAUAUCUAAAUUGUAAACGACAAUGAGAAGCAAUUUUAAGUAAAGCCACAAAAAACAAUUUCAAUUUAAAAUUCAAAUACAAUUUCAAUUUCAACUUCGACACCCCCCAACACACACAAACAUACACCGAUGAAGCAAACUAUAUACAACAGAAUAUGUAUAGUACUAUAUAGAAAUACGAUUACAAACAACAACAACAACAAAAAGGCUAUCUAUAUGCUAUGCUUAUAAAAGGGUAAACGGCAUUUAAAAACUCAUUCAACCAAACCAAAACCAACAGAAACCAAAACAGAAUCAGAUUCAGAAAAAGAAUCAGAAUCAGAAUGAAAGCUUAUAAAUACCAUACGAAAACUUACUAUAUA